AUGUGUGUGUUGUGUGUUGCUGAUGUGUGUGUUGUGUGUUGCAGGUUGCUGAUGUGUUGCUGUUGUGUGAUGGAGGCCCGCGGUGAGGCCCCUGCUGCUUCUGUUCUCCCCGGUGUUGAUCCAGGAGGACGGCCGCUGCUCUGGCCCCGCUCUGGCAGCGUAGCGUCGGCAGAAGCAGCAGCAGCAGCAGCCUCAGGACAUGCAAACCCAGCCUCCAUCACACAUCCAGCCCUCCCCCUCCCCUCUUCCUCCUCCUCCUCCUCCCCUUACGAAGACGUCCCAACCUUUUUUUAUAACUGUUACAUAGUUUGA